AUGUUGAACACGAUGACCUUCUCACCACAGCAGCAGAUGAUGACAGGUCCUAGGUGGAACCGGGCCUUGUCCUAUCCAUUGUUUAUACUGUUGUUAGCCUUGCAGCUGCUAGUUGUGGCUGGCUUGGUGAGAGCUCAGACCUGCCCAUCUGUCUGCUCUUGCAGUAAUCAGUUCAGCAAAGUCAUCUGUACACGCCGAGGCCUGCGAGAUGUUCCUGAUGGUAUCUCCACAAACACCCGGUACCUAAACUUGCAAGAGAACCUAAUCCAGGUGAUUAAGGUAGACAGUUUCAAGCAUUUACGACACCUGGAAAUCCUGCAGCUUAGCAAGAACCACAUCCGUAGCAUUGAAAUUGGAGCCUUUAAUGGCCUGGCUAACUUAAACACACUGGAACUCUUUGAUAACAGAUUGACUACUAUACCAAAUGGAGCAUUUGAAUAUUUGUCUAAGCUCAAGGAGCUGUGGCUAAGGAAUAAUCCUGUUGAGAGCAUACCAUCCUAUGCCUUCAACCGUGUGCCCUCACUAAGACGACUAGACCUUGGGGAGCUGAAAAGGCUCUCUUAUAUUUCUGAAGGUGCUUUUGAAGGCCUGAGUAACCUGCGAUAUCUAAACCUUGGCAUGUGUAAUCUAAAAGAGGUACCCAAUCUUACUCCCCUGGUACGUCUGGAUGAGUUGGAGAUGUCAGGAAAUCAGCUCUCAGUUAUACGACCAGGCUCUUUCAAAGGACUUGUCCACUUGCAGAAACUGUGGAUGAUGCAUGCUCAGAUCCAGACAAUUGAAAGAAAUGCCUUUGAUGAUCUUCAGUCACUUGUGGAACUGAAUUUGGCUCAUAAUAAUCUUACCCUGCUUCCCCAUGACCUCUUUACACCCCUUCACCAUUUGGAGAGGGUGCACUUACACCACAACCCUUGGAAUUGUGACUGUGACAUCCUGUGGCUUAGCUGGUGGUUGAAGGAAAUGGUCCCAGCCAACACCAGUUGCUGCGCUCGGUGCAGUACCCCUGCCAGCUACAAGGGACGCUAUAUUGGCGAAUUGGACCAAAACUAUUUCCACUGUUAUGCACCAGUCAUUGUGGAACCACCUGUUGAUUUGAAUGUAACAGAAGGCAUGGCUGCAGAACUAAAAUGCAGAGCUAAUUCACUGACAUCGGUCAGUUGGAUUACACCCGAUGGAUCCAUCAUGACACAUGGUGCUUAUAAGGUGCGUAUUUCUGUGCUCAAUGAUGGGACAUUAAACUUUACAAAUGUCACAUUGCAAGAUACAGGGACUUAUAUAUGCAUGGUUAGCAACUCAGCGGGCAACACUACAGCCUCUGCUACACUAAAUGUGUCCUCAACAGAGAACAGCAGCUUCAGCUACUUCACCACUGUAACAGUAGAGACGAUUGAGCCAGCAAAUGAUGAAGGACACACCGUGGUGCUGCAGAAAAUUGGUCCUACUCCUUCGUCUGUGAUGUGGGAGACAACAACUAUACCAACUACAACAACCACAACUUCUCGGGUCUCCACAAAAGCUACGGAUAAAACCUACACCAUCCCAGUUACGGCAAUGGGAGAUGGUUCUCUCAACACUUUGGAUGAGGUAAUGAAGACCACAAAGAUCAUCAUUGGCUGCUUUGUGGCCAUCACACUAAUGGCUGCAGUUAUGCUGAUCAUCUUCUACAAAAUGCGCAAGCAGCAUCACCAGCAGAACCACCAUGCACCAACACGAACAAUUGAGAUUAUUAACGUAGAUGAGGACUGCAUGACUGUUGGGCCAACCAUGGAGGGUCACCUUACUCUGCCACCUCUUGAGCAUGAGCAUAUUAACCAUUUCAAUAGUUAUAAAACAGUAUACAAUCACUCGUCUACUAUAAACUCUAUACAUACCUCUGCACAUGAACCUUUGCUUAUUCGGGCCAGCUCAAAAGACAAUGUACAAGAGACCCAGAUCUGA